UGAAAUUUCGCAAUAUGCUGAUUUAACGAGAAAACAUUUGAUGACAAUAAACUUGGCGUAUUAAUAUAAAAGGGAAAAUUCAAUUCAGAUUCUCAACGGUUUAUUUUCUGUCACAACUCUUCCUAAUAUUCACCAUGGUUUCCUACAAGCUUACCUACUUCGAUGGACGCGGAGCCGGAGAGCUCUGCCGUCAAAUCUUUGCUGCCGCCGAGCAGAAAUAUGAAGAUAACAGACUUACCGAUGAGGAGUGGGAGAAGUUCAAAGCGGCCGGAAAAACCCCAUACAACCAGCUUCCAAUGCUCGAGGUAGAUGGCAAACCACUCGCUCAGUCCCACGCGAUGGCUCGUUAUCUUGCUCGGGAAUUCGGGUUCAACGGAAAGAGCAGAUGGGAAGAAGCUCAAGUCAACUCCUUGGCCGACCAGUACAAAGACUAUUACGCGGAGGCUCGUCCAUACCUCGCUGUGAAGCUUGGUUACACAGAAGGAGACGCGGAGGCUCUUUACACAAGCGUCUAUCUUCCAGUUUUCAAGAAACACUAUGGAUUCUUUGUCAAUGCUUUGAAGGCCAGCGGGUCAGGAUUCUUGGUUGGAAAUUCCUUGACUUUUAUUGAUUUGCUUGUUGCUCAGCAUUCAGCUGAUUUGCUGGGACGUGAAAAGUCGGAUCUUUUCAAUGAUGUCCCAGAGAUGAAGGCACAUUCCGAAAAAGUUCAGUCAAUUCCUCAGAUCAAGAAAUGGAUUGAGACUCGUCCAGCGAGUGACUGGUAAUUGUUUGGUCACUUAAAUAAACUUUGUUAUUUCCAAUUUAUUUUAUUUGGGGAAAACUGAUUGUGAGAAUAAAUUUUAUUUAAUAAAA